UACGGUCACAUUCUAUUCUUUGAGUUUCAGCUAACAAAAUCCUCUUCUUCCACCUUUAUCUCGCCAUUUCCCGCUACCCCCUUUAAACCUUUAGCAGUUGCAGAGAAAUAAGCUCUCAAAUUCCUUCAUAGCUUUCUCUGUCAGCUAAGCAGCCAUUCAUAUAGUUACUCUAAUAGUUACGGUGUAGUAUUAUUUGUUCACAUGGCCGCUUUCAGCGCUAUUUCACUAUGUCCGUACAAACUGUGCCAUCAAUUAAACCCUAGCAAGCGUUACAUUUCUUGCUAUACUCCUUCCUCUUCUACUGUAGGUGUGCGUGGAUCAAAAGGUCCUCGUAGAAGACCUGCAAAAACUGAGGGUGCUGGAAGAAGCAUUGACGAUUCUGUCCAACGACGGAUGGAGCACUUCUAUGAAGGGGCUGAUGGCCCACCUUUACGUGUUCUUCCUAUUGGUGGUCUGGGAGAAAUUGGGAUGAAUUGCAUGCUUGUUGGAAAUUAUGAUCGUUAUAUUCUCAUUGAUGCUGGAAUAAUGUUCCCAGGCUAUGAAGACCUUGGUGUCCAGAAGAUUAUUCCUGAUACAACAUUCAUAAAGAAAUGGAGCCACAAAAUUGAAGCUGUUGUUAUAACUCAUGGACAUGAAGACCACAUUGGUGCAUUGCCAUGGGUAAUUCCUGCUCUGGAUUCUCACACACCAAUUUUUGCAUCAUCGUUCACAAUGGAGCUGAUUAAGAAGCGACUGAAAGAAUUUGGGAUAUUUGUUCCAUCUAGGCUUAAGGUAUUUAAAACAAGAAGGAAAUUUACUGCUGGGCCAUUUGAGGUAGAACCUAUAACGGUUACUCAUUCUAUUCCAGAUUGUAGUGGGAUAGUUCUACGUUGUUCCGAUGGUACCAUCCUCCAUACAGGUGACUGGAAGAUAGAUGAGUCACCACUUGAUGGAAAGGUUUUUGACCGAGAGGGCCUUGAGGAACUGUCAAAAGAAGGGGUUACUUUGAUGAUGAGUGAUUCGACAAAUGUCCUUUCCCCUGGAAGGACACUAAGUGAAACUGUAGUUGCAGAUUCGCUCCUGAGGCACAUUUCGGCUGCCAAAGGAAGGAUUAUCACUACCCAGUUUGCAUCAAAUAUUCAUCGUCUUGGCAGUGUGAAAGCUGCAGCUGACUUGACUGGCAGAAAGCUGGUAUUUGUCGGCAUGUCCUUGAGGACAUAUCUUGACGCUGCAUGGAAAGAUGGAAAGGCACCAAUAGAUCCAUCAACUCUGGUAAAGGUGGAAGAUAUUGAUACUUAUGCCCCAAAAGAUUUGCUCAUUGUGACAACAGGUUCUCAAGCAGAACCUCGUGCUGCAUUGAAUCUUGCGUCAUAUGGAAGUAGUCAUUCACUCAAAUUAAACAAAGAAGAUAUAGUUUUGUAUUCAGCCAAGGUGAUUCCUGGUAAUGAGACCCGGGUGAUGGAAAUGUUAAACCGUAUAUCAGAUAUUGGAUCAACAAUAGUGAUGGGAAAGAAUGAGCUGCUGCAUACAUCCGGCCAUGCUCAUCGUGAAGAGCUGGAAGAAGUGCUGAAGAUUGUGAAGCCACAACAUUUUCUUCCAAUCCAUGGCGAGCUCUUAUUCCUAAAAGAGCAUGAAUUAUUGGGGAAAUCAACUGGAAUUCGGCACACGGCUGUUAUCAAGAACGGAGAGAUGCUUGGAGUCUCCCAUUUGAGGAACAGAAAAGUUCUAUCCAAUGGUUUCAUUUCCUUAGGGAAGGAGAAUUUGCAGUUGAUGUAUAGUGAUGGUGACAAAGCAUUUGGUACAGCUGCUGAACUUUGUAUUGAUGAGAGACAGAAAAUUGCUUCUGAUGGUAUUAUAGUGGUCAGUAUGGAAAUAUUACGUCCUCAAUCCACGGAUGGUGCGACAGAGAAAGCUUUGAAAGGAAAAAUAAGAAUCACCACACGCUGCUUGUGGCUUGACAAAGGGAAACUUCUGGAUGCGCUUCAUAAAGCUGCACAUGCUGCACUGUCAAGCUGUCCACUGAGUUGCCCGUUGCCGCACAUGGAAAGAACUGUGUCUGAAGUUCUAAGGAAAAUGGUCCGGAAGUACAGUAGUAAAAGACCUGAGGUUAUUGCCAUUGCCUUCGAAAAUCCUGCAGGAGUCAUGGCUGAUGAAAUCAAUGGAAAACUUGCUGGAAAAUCACAUGUUGGUUUUGGAAUUUCAGCACUGAGGAAUGUAAUGGAUGAAGAUCAGAAAGGAAAACGGGCAAGUGAGGCACAUGCAGAAGAAGGCCAUGGCCCUGGCUAUCCAAUUGAUGAUGCAGCCGAGCAAGUGGAAGGUGAUGAUAUGGAUAUUGAGAGACUUACACACGACAGAGCAACUACUUCAAGUUCAAUCUCGGGGGAUGGAUAUUUUACCACCAAGGAGGAAUCAGAAUCGUCCAGAGAAGAGAGCAUUCAAAUUGAUUCUGGCUUUCCGGAAUCUAUGAUGAAAUCUUCCAAGCCUUUGAAGAGGAACAGAUGGAAACAUGAUGAGAUGAAGAAGUUGAUAAAAUUGCGUGGGGAACUCCACAGCAGGUUCCAAGUUGUUCGAGGACGAAUGGCACUAUGGGAAGAGAUAUCUUCAAAUUUACUAUCUACUGGAGUCAAUCGAAGUCCUGCGCAGUGUAAAUCUCUCUGGGCUUCUCUAGUUCAAAAGUAUGAGGAAAGCAAGAGUGAUAAGAAAAGCCAGGAAAAAUGGCCUUACUUUGAGGAGAUGAAUGAGAUCUUGUCUGAUUUGGAGGCGACGGCCCAGAAAUGAUUGCAUAUGUGUGAUUGAGGCUAGUGUUUGUGGAGGUAAUUCUUCAUUGGUGGGAUGUGAAAUUGUGGUCAGUUAGAUUUAUCCAAAAAGACCGAUGCACCCUUAAAAAUGCAGACUCAAGACUUCAUCAUUUGUACUGGCACCUCUUGUUUAGCUGUUGCGCAAGCUCUCCAAAUGAAGCCAGAGGCGGAGGAGGGAUUGACCUAUUAGGUGUCCUUAUAAGCUGGUGAAAGGCUGGUAAAUUUUGCAAUAUUUUUAGUGAUUUUGGGGGUUAGGAGUGUUGAGAAAGCACUUACCUAAGUUUCAAUUUUUUCAAAAUAGGAGGAUAGACAAAAAUCUUACGUAAUAUUUUCCGAGUGGAUAAGUUGAAAGUGGCUCAAAAGUUGUCGAGAUUUUGAUGAUAAGAGUUAGCUUACGUUUGAUUCGGGGUACUUGUACGCUACUAGGCACUAUUGAUCACGUAUUGCAUGUUGUACUAUACCAUUGAAAGCCUUGAAGAGCGAAGAUGAGAUGUAGAAUCUGCUUUAUCAAGGAUAGAAGGCGAUAAUUUAUAGAAAAAUUCUUCCAAAUUAA